AUGAUAGAUGAGGCUGAAAAGUUUGCUGAAUCAGAUGCAAAACGUAAAGAUGUUAUUGAGGCAGCUAAUCAUGCAGAAUCAGCGAUUCAUGAAACAGAGAAAAAUUUAGAUCGAUUCAAAAAUGAAGUGGAUGCUGAGGGUGUCACUAAGCUUAAAGAAAAAAUAGAGAAAUUAAGAGGUGUAGUUGCAAAAGGAGAAGAUGCAAAUGCUGAAGAAAUUAGACAAGAAAUGUAUGAAUUACAACAAGACAGCAUUAAAUUGUUUGAACCAUUGCACACUAGAAAUAAUAGUUCAUCGUCAUCAGAAGGUGGAGGGGACUCAUCCAGUUCAUCAUCAUCAGGUCCAUCAGGUUCAUCAGAUUCGCCAGGUUCGCCAGGUUCGCCAGGUUCAUCAAAUUCAUAA